AUGCGAGCGAGCUGGAUAUCCCUCAUCUCGACCCACUCGUGGUCACUCUGCAGAUUCACGACUGCGACGUCGCGAAGGUUCUGGUUGACACUGGAGCACGGUGAACCUCAUCUUCCUAGAAACAUCGGACCGCAUGGGAGUGGAAGAGAGGUCCAUCAAACCCACAUCCCGUCCCCUCACCGGCUUCACCGCCGAGCACGUUUACAGUUGCGGUACAGUCCGACUCCCCGUUUAUGUCGGCGGAAUUUCAAAACUCUGAAGUUCAUUGUCAUGGACAAACCGGCCAUCUACAACGCAAUCCUUGGCACCCCCUGGCUCCAUGAAAUGAAAGCCGUCAUCUCACUUCCACCACUCCGCACCGCGUCAUCUUUCAUGGUGAUCGAGCCCCCAAACCAACAGCCUCGUGAAGAAUCAAGGCCAACAUCGGAUGACGAGACCAACAGAUCCGACGUAACGAGACGCAUCGCCACGACGCAAGAGGCUAUCCCCCCGAUCCUUCAACAAAGAAACGCCGAGCCCACCUGGAAAUCCGACUUAAGAUCCAACAUGAGCACUAAGAAACCCAAGAAGCUCUCUAAUCUAUUCGAAAUGGAACAACUCGAGGACGAACCGCUACGAAGUUACUUGGAUAGAUUCAAGAGCAUGCUGCUCGACCUCGACGAGAUCCCCGGAGCACCCCAUCUCAGAACCAGUACUCAUCCAGCCCUCGGAAACGGACUCCGGUACGAAUCUGGAUUUCGGGAAGACUUCCGCCUCCGCCCCUUCUCAACCUUGAAGGACGCCUUCCUUCGCGCUGAAAAUUACGUUCGCAUCGAGCAGGAUAUCCCGCAGCUACGGUUCGACCCGAAAGAUCCUCGGAUCCAGUUGAGAAACAAGAGAAGGUCAUCAUCCUCCACCCAGGAGGAUCCACUCCAUAAAGCACCAAGAUGCCGUCACAGUCAUCCCCUUGCCGAGACGACGCUCUGUCUACGACGACGAGACCGGAGGAGCAUAGAGAACCGCGCGCUGAGCGACCGCCAUGCAUCUCCGCAGUGUUCAUUCUCAGAUCAGGAGAUAUUCGAAAUCAUUGCCGACAUUCGGAGGACCCCCCUGACGAGCCGCCUCUCCGAGGUACCACUGAAGAAACGCCUCGCUGCACCUAAAUUUCUACGACGGCCGGGACGAUCCCAAGCAAUGGAUCUCGUCCUUCAUGACAACCAUGAGAAUACCAAAAUAUGCGUCACCGGAGGAAGAAAGCGCACACUUCUGCCAAGCCCUCGCCGAACACUUGCGUGGCGAAGCCCUAACAUGAUCUCCGGGCCGACUCCAUCGAUAGCUUCGAUGAUCUGGCAGCCGCCUUCCUAA